AUGGCCUCCUCCUUCCAUCCAAAAAAGCAGCGGUGUCAAAUAUUUGAAGAUAAAAAGAAAGGUUCUUACAAUAUUUGUAUUCCGGUUGAAUUUUCUGACAAAAAUGAAAAGAGUACUGGCGAAAGAUGGAUGGUGCGGAUACCACUACUUCCACGUCUCGCGUUCCCCGAAGAGAAGCUUCGGGCUGAGAUUGCUACAAUGAACCAUGUCGGUGCAUUUACCCUGGACUCAGCUGAUGAACACUGGGUUUUUGAACACAACCGGCCUCUGUCUAUGUUUUUGAAUGAUCAGGCUCUUGCUGGAUUCAAUUUAUGUUCUCAGGUUCCACCAAAUCAGAUAUUUCAGUCAACCAUUGAUUAUGUCUUCAUGAUUCAUCGGGCCCUGUUAAUGGAUUUUGAUUUAUGUAAGGAUACUGUGUACAAUGAAUGGGAUGCCCGUUCAUAUUUAUUUGCCCUGCAUAGCUGCUGCCAGUGGUUAAUGGAGUGGGUGAAGACUGACUAUAAUCAUGGACCCUUUAUUCUGAUGCAUGGGGAUCUGCGCUCUUCAAACAUUCUGGUGGAUGACAGACUCAAUAUUAUGUCUGUACUGGACUGGGAAUGGAGCCAUACUAUUCCAGUACAAAUGUUUGUUCCGCCACCCUGGCUUACUGGUCUUGAGCUGCUUGGAGUUUUGGAUGGGGUUAACCAGUUGAUAUAUGAGACUUGUGUGGAUUUGUUCAAGUCGGAAAUGUGGAGCCUUGAAUUCGAACGGCAUUCUAAGACCAUGAAUACGGCCGAGCUCCGGCUGUCAAAGGUCUGGGAACAAGACAGUCAUAGGGAGAAUUUCAUCAGCCUAGGGUUGAACCAGCCCCACUAUUUUGGCAAUCUCUACUGCAGUGUUGUGGAUCAUGAUUGCUAUGAAUUAGGAAAACCGUUUGAGGAAAGAUUGGAUGAAUUCUUCAAGACUCAUACAUCCAAGCUGGAGUUGGUACAAAAAAAAAUUGCGGAUCUCGAGCAGUUUGAUAAAGAGUGUGAAAGGCUUGGAAUAAAAAUAACAAGGCUCGCACCACCUUAA